AUGUGUUAUGCAUUACCAAGCAUUGCAACAAUAUUUACUUCGAUGGCGUCGUCUGGAAAGGAUAAGAUCAACAUACUUGGUGACGCACAGGUCGAUCAGCUCGACAGGGAUCUUCGCGAGUUUAGAAGGGAUCUGGGCACGUUAGCCGAUAAGCAGAUCGCCAAGCAGCACGACGCCGCGCGGCGCGAUUCGGCGACAGUGUGUACGACCCAAGAUAAGCUAAACGAAUUGAGGCAAUUGGAGCAAGAUUUUUUGGCUGAGGAGCAGAGGAUCUUGAAACAAUUGGAGGCGGACGUGCAGGCAGAGGAUGAAGCUCUCGAGAACGCAGAGGAGGUUCAGCAACAACGCAUCGAUGCCCUGCUGUCAGUCGUGAUAAAGUUCAGAGAAGCCUUUGGCCUUCGCUUCGACCCCACUCUUGGUGCGUUCUCCCCGCACCUUCAUUUCUCAAGUCUGGUGCAUUUCUUGCUUGGCAUUCUACAAAACCUCUCCACCCUCACUACCUUCCUCGCUCUCUUUUGUUCCCUUCCUCUUGAUGAUUCCUCUCGUGCCUCCCUCUUCUGA